AUCUUUUGUAUCAUCUUAACUCUGCACUUCAACUUAAGCCUAGUGCUAUAUCAUCCUGUCAAAUAUUAGAUGGCAAACUUCUCAAUCAUGCUGCAAAUGAACUUCAAGACAAAACAUUAAAAAAUUUGAAAGAUGCUAAAUCUAUUACAUUAACAUUUGACGGCUGGAAGAAUAUUAUUGAGGAAAAUAGUUCUGAUGAAGAAGUAGAUUCUGAAGAAAUUGUAAAUGAAUUAGAUUAUACACAAGCUAUUGAUGAAUAG